GCAGAAUUGAGUGUUUUUUUUCAUGUGUGCCAAUUUCCCUCCGUUAGUUCCUGAGCCGCUUUGGUGAUGGAUCGGUAGCAGGAAUCUCUGUCGGUGUUUGGGGGUGCUUGUUUUUUCAGCGGAGAAUGCGUAAGAAAGUGCACAGGAUGUUCUACGAUGUGAUGUCGCACCAGAACGCGGCUGUGAUCUGCUUCCUUUGUCUCUUGGUGCUCGUCAUUUCUGCAUUCCAAUUCGGCGAGGUGUGGGUUGACUGGAGCCGAGGAACGUACGCAUCUGUGUUCAAUCAAUACGAUGACAAUAUUUUGGGGAAAUCCUUUCAAAGCAAAUUGUGUCAACACGUCCCGAUAGAUGUUGUUUACACGUGGGUAAACGGAUCUGAUCCACGGCGAGCCGAAGAACUACGAGACGUGCUUUCUCGUCUGAAUGAAGCAUUGGCGACCGGCGGAGACGCCUCAAACGACGAGGACGAUUACAGGUGCACGUUUACGGAUUGUGUUCCGUCCACUUACCUAGUCCUGAGUCCAGCGUUGCCCAAGGACUUCAAUUCCGAGGAGUUGGCGGCAUCGUGGGCGCCGGCAUUAGACGCCAUCGCGUUUAAAACCGCCUCCGUUCGCAGUGCCAAUUCUACGCUGGUGAGAUUCGAUGGGGUUCGUGCAAGGGACAGAGCAUUCGCUGCUGGACGUCGGUUUUCUUUUUGGGGCGUCAAGUAUUACGUCUGUCAAGGAUUUUGGACGUCAGGUGAG